AUGUGUAACGGGAUCCAAGGAAUCGAAGAUCGCGAGCGCUUUGACGAAUUGUGGCAGCAUGUGUACAGCGUGGGUAGCAGAAGAGGUAACCAGAUUGAGACGGACAUUGACGCCCAAGAAACUAGAAUCGGUGAGGGUAGAGUUGCGGAAACCAUGGAAGCCGGAGUCGCUAACAGUUACCAUUCACAUGGUAGAGGCAAUCAUUUGCUGCACGAAAUCGCUGUAAACAUGCCCACAUGGAGCGGAAACGGCGGCUGUUUCGAUGAAGCGAUUGGUGGAGGUGUACACAUGGGCGUCAAGCUGCAGUCCGAUAACCAGUUUUGCCUGUUGGUUGUUGGUGGAUGGGGUGCACCACCAGUAGCGGCGCCAAAGGGCACACGAGGGCUAUGGUCGAAUGCGUUCCGCGCCAGCUCGCCGUUGUUCCCUGGCGCAGAGAUGCGACUCGGGUUACCCCUGCCAAUCCGCCGGAAUGCCGAGCGGCCAGCGCCACAACGAACGCCACCAUUGCGCACUCGAGCUGAACAAGGAGCUGCCAAGCUGCAAGCACGCUGGUUGACGUGCUGA